UCCCGCUGCUGGGGCUCAGGGCAGCGCCGCCGCGGGGAGCCCUCGGUCCAGGUCUGGCCAUGCAGGCGGAGCCGCCGCUCUACCCGGUGGCCGGAGCUGCGGGACCCCAGGAUAAUGAGGACCAGUUCGUGGUCCCCGAUGGGCCCGAGGCCCCGCUGGACGAGCUGGUGGGCGCGUACCCCAACUACAACGAGGAGGAGGAGGAGCGCCGCUACUACCGGCGCAAGCGCCUGGGCGUGGUCAAGAACGUGCUGGCGGCCAGCGCGGGCUGCACGCUCACCUACGGCGUCUACCUGGGCCUCCUGCAGAUGCAGCUGAUCCUGCACUAUGAUGAGACCUACCGUGAGGUGAAGUACGGCAACAUGGGGCUGCCGGACAUCGACAGCAAGAUGCUCAUGGGCAUCAACGUGACGCCCAUCGCCGCCCUGCUCUACACACCUGUGCUCAUCAGGUUUUUUGGUACCAAAUGGAUGAUGUUCCUAGCAGUGGGCAUCUAUGCCCUCUUUGUCUCCACCAACUACUGGGAACGCUACUACACACUCGUGCCCUCUGCUGUGGCCCUGGGCAUGGCCAUCGUGCCCCUCUGGGCCUCAAUGGGCAACUACAUCACCAGGAUGGCGCAGAAGUACUAUGAGUAUGCCCACUACAAGGAGCAGGAUGAGCAGGAGCCUCGGCAGCGGCCCCCACGGGGCUCCCACGCACCCUAUCUUCUAGUCUUCCAAGCCAUCUUCUAUGGCUUCUUCCACCUGAGCUUUGCCUGUGCCCAGCUGCCUAUGAUUUACUUCCUGAACUCCUAUCUGUACGACCUGAACCACACGCUGUUAAACGUGCACAGCUGCGGCACUAAAAGCCACGGUAUCCUCGCUGGCUUCAACAAGACCGUUCUGCGGACACUGCCUCGAAGCCGAAACCUCAUCGUGGUGGAGAGCGUGCUCAUGGCGGUGGCCUUCGUGGCCAUGCUGCUGGUGCUGGGCCUGUGUGGCGCCGCUUAUCGGCCCACGGAGGAGAUCGACCUGCGCAGCGUGGGCUGGGGCAACAUCUUCCAGCUGCCCUUCAAACACGUGCGUGACUACCGCCUGCGCCACCUUGUGCCCUUCUUCAUCUACAGCGGCUUCGAGGUGCUGUUUGCCUGCACUGGACUUGCCCUUGGGUAUGGCGUGUGCUCUGUGGGACUGGAAAGGCUGGCCUCCCUCCUCAUAGCUUACAGCCUGGGUGCUUCAGCCGCCUCCCUCCUGGGUCUGCUGGGGCUGUGGCUGCCACGAUCCGUGCCCUUGAUGGCUGGGGCAGGACUGCACCUGCUACUCACCCUCAGCCUGUUCUUCUGGGCCCCCGUGCCUCGGGUCCUGCAACACAGCUGGAUACUGUAUGUGGCAGCUGCCCUGUGGGGUGUGGGCAGUGCUCUUAACAAGACGGGACUCAGCACACUCCUGGGAAUCCUGUAUGAAGACAAGGAGAGACAAGACUUCAUCUUCACCAUCUAUCACUGGUGGCAGGCUGUGGCUAUCUUUAUGGUGUAUCUGGGCUCCAGUCUGCCCAUGAAGGCCAAGCUGACGGUGUUGCUGGUGACCCUGGUGGCUGCUGCUACCUCGUACCUGUGGAUGGAGCACAAGUUGAAGAGUGGCCUGGCCCCGCGCCAGCCGCGCAUCCCGCGGCCCCAGCACAAAGUGCGCGGCUACCGCUACUUGGAGGAGAACAACUCGGAUGAGAGCGACGCGGAUGCCGAGGCCGAGCUCUGCGGAGGCCAAGGGGACCUCACGGAGGAUGAGGCUCCCGAGGCUCCCGCCGCCCAGCCCGUAGACCCCGAGCCGGUUGGCCUCUGCCGCAGGCCCUGCCCCUAUGAACAGGCGCUGGGGGCCGAUGGACUGGAGGGGCACUGAGGGACCCCAGGAGCCAGUCCCAGGACCCUAGGACUCAGCUGCCUGCUUGCUGACCUCAGUUUACCACGCCCCAGGUUGAGGAAGGACCUUCCGACCCCUCCCAGGUAGCUGGGAAGGCCCCUCCCUUAUCUCCUAAAUCUUGUGUUAGCCGCCUCCAAGAGUGUUAGGGGCCCGCCUCCAGGACCCUUGUCCCGGCCUGAUGCUCCCAAGUGGCCCGCAAUUGUCCCAACCGAGAUGCAGCAUUCUUGCAUAUCACACUCCAGGCCACCCUUGUGCCCCUCUCGCUGUGGGUCUCUGGACUGCCGGCGACCUGCGCUUUAUAUUUCCUCCUCCCAAGUUGUCUAGAGACAACUGUAACAGAAAAUGAGCAAUAAAUUGUUUUGUAUUGUCCUAA